CACGGUUGGGAAAUGUUGGUGUAAAAAUGAAUUUUACUUUCUCCAAUCUUAUAGGUGCCCCUUACCGUGGGGGCACCUUGCUAAUUUGCAACAAUGAGCUUCUCACACCUGUUGGCAACCGGGUAGGCCAGGUCAGCCUGACUGAAUCGACCAGCAAAUGUCUUCCAUUUGAGAACUUGACACAAAUCCGCGUACUAUGCGUCAGCCCCGACGGCGCCCUACUGAUGUCUGUCGACAAGGACGGGCGUGCGCUGCUGAUUAAUCGUAAGCGUCAAGUGCUGCUUCACCACUUUUCAUUCAAGGGCCCCGUCGCCUGUGCGCGCUUCAGCCCAGAUGGUCGCUACGUUGCGGUGGCGGUCGGCCACCUGGUGCAAGUCUGGCUUUGUCCUUCUGCGGAAAAGCAGAUGAAUCCCAUGCAGCUGCACCGCACCUAUGGCCACUGCCACACUGACGUGCUGGACGUUGCAUGGAGCCCGGAUGGCAACUUCAUUGCUGCCGCAUCCAAGGACAUCACAGUGCGAGUCUUCUCGCUCAACCCCAUUCCCGGCUAUGAGCCCCCAACCCUGGCUGGCCACAAGGACGCCAUUAUCGGCGUGUUCUUCUCCAGCCCAGCUACCAUUGCCAAAGGGACCUCCGAUGGAGGCGAGGCGCCGGUUAUGUACUCUCUGUCAGCCGACGGGGCCCUGCACGGCUGGACCUACGACGCCUCCGCAGCCUACACGCUUGACAACCUGGCACCGCCCGUCGCCAAGCGCAAGCGGAAGGAAAUGCAGGAAGCCGAGGAGCAGCGGAAACUGGAGCAAGAGGAGCAGCAGCAGCAGGAGGAACAGGCGGAGCAGGCCCAGGAUGACCAGCCGCAGCAGCAGCAACAACAGCAAGACGGCGUUAAGGACGCCGCAGCUACAGCCCGGCAACAAGACGGCGCCACCACCUCCUCCUCACCCUUCCCAUCCCUAGCCGGCGGCAAGUGGUACCUCUCCCGCAAGCAUUACUUCCACCAACGCGGCGCCCGAGUGAGCUCCUACGACCACCACUCGCCUUCCGGACUACUGGCGGUGGGCUUCAGCAACGGCGUGUUUGACCUCUACCAGCUGCCCGAUUUUGACAACCUGCACACGCUCAGCGUGAGCCGCGAGCGCAUCAGCAGCCUGGCGUUCAACGGUGGUGGCGACUGGCUGGCGGUGGGGUGCGCGGCGCUGGGGCAGCUGCUGGUGUGGGAGUGGCGCAGCGAGACGUAUGUGCUGAAGCAGCAGGGGCACUACCAUGACAUUGCUGCCACGGCGUUCUCGCCGGAUGGGGCGCUCAUUGCGACGGGCGCGGACGACUGCAAGGUCAAGGUCUUCCAGCAGUCCUCCGGCUUCUGCUUCGUCACCUUCUCCGAACACACCGCCCCUGUCACCGCCGUCGCCUUCCUGCCCUCGGGACACGCGCUGCUGUCCGCCUCGCUGGACGGCACCGUGCGCGCCUGGGACCUGGUGCGCUACCGCAACUUCCGCACCCUCACCUCGCCCACACCCGUGCAGUUCGGCUGCCUGGCGGUCGACCCGGGCGGGGAGGUGGUGGUGGCGGGCACCGUGGAUACCUUCCAGAUCUACGUGUGGUCGCUCAAGACGGGCAGGCUCACCGACGUCCUAGCGGGGCACGAGGGGCCGGUGUCGGGGCUCGCCUUCUCACCGGUGACCUCGCUCCUGGCGUCCUGCUCCUGGGACCGUACGGUUCGUACCUGGGACGUGUACGACAGCGGCGGUUCCGGAGCCACGGAGGUAUUGGAGCACCGACACGACGUGUUGACGGUGGCCAUGCGGCCCGACGGGCGGCAGCUGGCGGCUGCCACCCUGGACGGCAGCAUCUACCUGUGGGACCCGGUGGAGGGGGAGCUGCAGGGGACCAUUGAGGGGCGCCGAGACAUCAAGGGCGGGAGACUGCAGUCGGAUCGCCGGGCGGCGGGGAACUCCGCCUCGGGGGCUGCAUUCACCUCGCUGGCGUACUCCGCGGACGGUGCGCUGCUGCUUGCGGGCGGGAAGUCCAAGUACGUGUGCGUGUACGACGUGGCGGAGCGGCUGAUGUUGCGGCGGUUUCAGUUGUCGUACAACCGGGGGCUGGACGGCGUGCUGGACCAGCUGAACUCGAAGCACAUGACGGACGCGGGGCCGCUGCAGCUGCUCAACACGGAUGACCAGGAGGAUGACAUGGUGGAGCUGCUGCCGCCCUCCACCGACCUAGCCGCCUCGGCGGACGUGCCCGGCACCUCGGCCGGCAAGCGACCCAUGGUUCGCUGCCGCAGCGUGGCGCUCUCCCCCACUGGCCGCGUGUGGGCCGCCGCCACCACCGAGGGGCUCAUGCUGUACAGCCUGGACGAGGGGCUCCUGUUCGACCCCACGGACCUCACGGAGGAGCUCACACCCGCGGCGGCGCAGGCGGCACUGGCGUCACGGUCCUUCCUCCGCGCGCUGCUCAUCGCGCUGCGGCUGGGAGACCCCGCGCUGGUACGACAUGUCGUGCUGGCGACGCCGCCGGCAGCGGUGGCGACGACGGUGGCGGGCGUGCCGGCGGUGUUUGUGCCGGCGGUGCUGUCGGCCCUGGCAGAGUAUGCGGCGGACUGCCCGCAUUUGGAGUUUGUGUUGAUGUGGGUUCG